AUGGAAAUUUGCUUUCCGAUCAUAAACAUAAAUGGGAGAUGGGGAAAUAAUCUAACUAGUGAUGAUUAUGACUCGGAAGGGUCUGAAGAAUAUAGUGAUGAAGAAGUGUAUUCGCAAGGAGCUCAUGAAGAGGAGAUUAAGCGAUUGAAAGCUAUGGUUUGUAAUGGCCGCAAGGGAGCGAAUAUACCAGGUACGCGUGAUACAUCAGCUCAAUCUUCAACGUUACCAGAUUCAGAUAUUGGUUUCUCAGCAUCGAGGCCUGCGCCUCGCCAACUAGAAUUUGACAGACGUGGUUAUUAUGAGUUCAUCUACGAAAUUGAUGGACGUUCAUGGCCAUCUAUCGUACAAGAUUAUGGAGACCUACUGCCUGAUAUACCAGAGAAUCUAUUCAAUAACAUUUCUACGCCUAGCGUGUCGCUUCUGAGAUCUAAUGCAAUCACUCCAAUUUGUCGCCAGAGCAUAAUGACGCCCCUCCGGCUUUAUCCGUUCUGA